AAGUUGUCGAAACUAUCCUAGUUUGUAAUUGAACGUGCUUAUCUAAGUAUUCCUAAAUUUAAAUGGAGUUGAAAGUGUAUGAAUCUUUUGUUCCUCUCCUUUCCUUUCCUUUUCCUUCUCAAUUUCCUCUGUGACCAAUCGAUCCAUUCCUAAUUCGAAUCUACUUUCCUCUUUUCCACUUUGCUUCUUUCUGCCGCUGCCGCCUUGCCGCUUGGGUUCCUGACGGCGUUCUUCAUUCAACUUCUUCGGUGAUUUUCCGGUACCUUUUUAUCUGCACAUUUUAUCAGUUGGAUUGGAGGUUUGAGAAGUAUCUUCGGGUGUUUGCAGUUGAAAAUAGAAUGCAAAGCUAGUACUUCGGAUGACUUCAACAUGCAAAUGGAGCCACAAGUCGCCUUAGAGUGUGACAGAUGCCUCCAUCCUGAGACUCUUAUGUGCAAGGAUGGGGUUUCUGAUGUUACACAACAUCCUGCGGCAGCACAGCCAGUGAUACCCUCAGAAGAUCAUCCUGUUUCACAGCUGUCCGUGCCGACACAUGAUCAUGCAGUGACACAGCAGGUAUCAUCCUCCCAAGACCGGGUUACGCUGCAGAAACCAGCCAAAAGGCAGACACGUCAAUGGGCUGCAUGGACUAGUCAGGAGGAAGAAAGCUUUUUCUCUGCACUGCGACAAGUUGGCAAGAACUUUGAGAAAAUUACUAGUCGUGUGCAGAGUAAAAACAAGGAUCAGGUCAGACAUUAUUAUUAUCGUCUUGUGAGGCGUAUGAACAAGUUGUUGGGUCCGGAACUUUGUCUUGAUGCCAAAAAUUCCAAGGACACUAAUGCUGCAAUGCUGCGAUGGUGGUCUUUACUGGAAAAGUCUAGCUGUAAAGCUUCAAAGCUUCACUUGAAACCACGGAGAUUUAAAAUAUUUAUUGAGACUUUGGAGAGUCAGCUGUUGAAAGACCGGAAAAAGAAUGUAAGAAGGCGUCCUUCUCAAGGAGAAAGUAGUUCUACAGCUGCUGCAUCUCUUUCAAGUCAUAGCAGAGUGUCAACUAAUGAUAGUCGGACAGUUAAAGUGGUUCUUCUGGACGACCAGGGCAUACAGAAAUUUGGAUCUGGAAAAGGCUCUUCUCUAAAACGCCAUGUGACUAUGGGUGUAAAUAGAAGCAACGCAAAAGUAGACUCUUCUCCAGUGAAAAAUGCUAGACAUCGACGAAAGAUAGGUUCUGUAUCAGCAGCUGCAUAUAAAAGGUGGGAGAAGGCUGCAAUUGCUGGAGUUUCAUUGGUAGCUGAUGCUGCCGAGCAUUUGGAACGGGCAACUAUCGGUAAGGAUGUUGAACUGGUCCAGAAUUCACAGGGUAUAAAUGGAUUUGAACAUGUUGGGAAAGAUGUGCAUUCUUUGCUUACUUUAUCGCAAAAUCUGUUAAAUGAGACCAAUUUACAGAGUUGUAUGAAACUCAAGCUCCAGCUGUUUCCUGUUGAUGAAGGAACUAGAAGAGCCCUGGAAAUGGAUAAUCAUAACCCAUACUUGGAACUCACUCUAAGUAAUAGGAAAAAGAUGUCAUCCGUUUUGGAACAUCUCAAUCGUAAAUGGGGAAGCUCGAGCAUAGCAACUGGAGAACUGGUGCUUUUUCCUUACCAUGUACAGAUGGAAAACCUGGUGCAAUCCCUGAGAUGGACUAAAGAUACUACACUAAGUGCUGCAGAUGUAAAUAAUCUGAUUGGAAGCCCUCCAGUUUUCCGUCUCAGAUACGGUUGGUUUCCAAAUUCUGAGCUUGGAACGUUUCAAGCACCAUUGUCAUCUACCACUCCCUUUACACAAAAUACUAACACUAACAUAACAGAAGAAAUGAAUGCGGAAAUACUAGCAUCAUCCCAUGGUAAACUUGUACGUUUUUCUAAAGAACCACUAGUUUCUAACCCAAGAAUGACUGUGACAUCCUCCUCAACCGAGCUAUCCGGUGAGUCAAACUUGCAAGCUAGCAUGGGUCUGAAUACCUACAAUUCUGAUCAUAAUGAAACUCUGCCAUCGCAUAGACGGGAGAAGGGUGCUAUAACCACAGAGAAACAAGUUGAGAUGCAUGAUAUGCAGGGAAGCAAGACCAGUGCUUUAUCAGCAGGGGAUUGGGAAGAUAGCCUUACCAACAUAAGUGUUGGAGAUCUUCUCUCUGAUGCACCUGACGAUGAGGAAACAGACUGCAUUGAAUCAACUUUACCUGGAAGCUCUCACUUUCUCCAGCAGAUGCCAUUUAGCUGCGACUCGUUUGACGCAGCGAUUGCUGCUCAUAUAUAUAAACAUCAGAGCAAAGCUGAAUCUCAGAUGGCUCUUCCACCUCAAGCAUCUUCCAUUUGGAAUGCUGAAGAUACAUGUGAUGCUUUUGCAUUUCAGAAAGAUGUUGCUUCCAGACUUAAAGCGCACAAUUCAUCCAGCAAUGUUGGUGCAGAGAACUGCCAGCACAUUUCUCAGUCAUCUUCCCUAUUGUUGGAUGCAGGAAUAAAGGAUUUGCCUGGGAAAAUGGAACCUAUAACUGAUGAACCUGCUCAUGAAGAUCCAGUGGAUGAGUGCCAAUCCAAUGCACAAGCUUUGGGUGGUUCUACAAAGGAUCUUAGUUUGCUCUCUGACAUAUAUUGGCCAGACUCUUUAGGACCGCUAGAGUUGGAUGCACCUUCAUGUAGAUAUCAUAGUGAAGACCUAAUUCUGAGUGAUAAUAGUCUUGGUGGCUUGAACCGCCUCAUAGCUAGCAGUCUGGAUGCAUUUCAAAAUUGCUCGUUCUUUGGGUUGGACAAGAAAGAGCCUGGAUCUACUGUUGAAGCUGUAGAGACUACUUCAUUAGCAGAUUACAAGAUCGGUGCUAAAGUCUAAGUUUCCUGAAACUGGGACAGGAGUAAGCGUGGUUUAUUGUUAAACUUAGUUUGGCUGACUUAUAGGGGUGUCCCAGCAAUCUCAAGUCCAGAACUUCCUGCAUGCGCAAGUAAGCAUGGCUCUUGAAAAAAGAGAAGGGUUGAAUGGGACAAAGGUUAUUAAUGUACAGAACAUUAACUUUGAGAAUAUUUCAGGUGUCUCUGGAUCUGUACAUUGUGUAGAUUUAUGUGCAGAGGGUGAAAAUGCCAAAUCAUUUGGUUUUUGCACUGA